AAUAUAAAGUUAAUUUUGCUUUUUCAUUAACCAUCUUUAAAUAUAAAGAAAAAAUGUCUUCUCAAAAUAAAGAUGAGAGAAUCGUUUUGAACAUUGGUGGUAUCAAGUACGAAACUUAUAGGUCAACAUUAACAGCUUAUCCAGAUACUUUACUUGGUACAAUGUUUCAAGAAAGAAAUGAGGAACUUCUUAAACCUAAUAAAAAUGAAUAUUUUUUUGAUCGGAAUGGUAAAGCAUUUCAUUAUAUAAUGGAAUAUUAUCGUACUGGUAAAAUUUUUUGGUUAGAAGAAGAAAAUAAUAAUUUUAUAACAAAACAAGAAUUAAGAUUUGAAUUAGAUUUUUUUCAAAUUUCUUAUAAUUUACCAAAUAUUUAUAAUAUAUCUUCUUCAUCACCAAAUUCAUUUUUACAACGUAAAUCAUUCCCACAAAUUAAUGAUUUAUUAAAAGAUUUUAUUGAAUCAUUAAAAUCUUGUAUUUAUGAAACAGCUUGGAAUUUAAAAGAAAAUCUUGAUAUAUCAUUUUAUUCUUAUACUAAUAAUAAUUAUAAGGAAUUUUCUAAUAACAAUAUUGAACAUAUUGAAUAUAUUUUAAAACCUUUUAAAACUAGUGGUUAUAAAUUAUUAAACAAAUUUAAAUUAGAAAUUGAAGAUGAAUUAAAAAAUUCUAUUAAAGAAUUAAUUAAGUUAGAAAUAACUCAUAAUCCUGAAUUAAUUUCUGUUAUUAGACGUCCUCCUCAUUAUAAUUUAAAUUUUAGAAUACAAAACAUUUUAUAA